AUGUCUGCCAAUUUGGGACGCCGGCUGUAUGCCCAUAUAUGGGAUACAGCAAAUCCAUUCUUUGCUCGCAUUCGAAUAAAUCGCAUAUCGGUUCCGGAAGUCUCUAGCUCGAGAUCCAUACUCGAUUCAUUUAGUGUCAAUCACUCACGACGUAUUUCGACGAUUUCUAAGAAACCUGCCCACCUCACUAAAAGAUUUGCUUCUGGCGGCUUCUUCGUUAUCAGCGCUUCACACACCUCCACUACCGCGGAACCUACAGCCUGCAUCAUCCCCCCUCGACAGAUUGCCGCUCAAGUAUGGAAGCGAGCUCUACAUACUCGAAAUGAUGACCGACGUGGGGAGGGGACUCCGGGAGAUGCUGAGAAGCACGACGAGAAUGACCACUCCCCGAAAUUCGGCCAAUCUGGGAAGGAUACAUCCACCACGAACUCAUCACAGCCCAAGCCGCCCAAAGAUCCUGGACCGGCGGCAGCACACAAUCGCCACUUGAUGGACCGCUUACCACAUAUGCCUCAUCUACAUCGGCCAUCCAAAGAAGAGCUUCUUGCUGCAGCAACUGGGUUCUGGUCUCGCUUGAAAGUACGAUUCAAAUGGUUUUCCAUAAGAAGUGUUCGUCCUUUCAAUUUGGAUGAGAUAACUGCUCUAUUUUCAUGGGUUUUGCUGGGUCACAUCGUCUGGGUCGUUGUAGGAACUACAACUUUCUUCUCACUCCUGAUCCUUGCGAUCAACACCGUUUUCGCUCAAGAAACCCUGGCAGGAUGGGUGGGCAACUACCUCACCAAGUCAUCUGGGGUUAAAGUUGUCUUUGAGUCUGCAAUUGUGCCUAAGUGGAGAAAUGGCGUGAUCACCUUCAAGAAUGUCUUCGUUUCUAAACGCCCCGGGCAAGGCACAGGUCAUGUCAGCAAAGGCUCAUCGAAGUCUGCAGCAGCCGCGGCCGCAGCUCGAGGUAAAACUGGAUCGGAGGAUGCGCUGGCAGUAUCUGAUGAAGAAGAAGAUACUAACUAUACACAAUUCGACUUGUCGAUCGAGACAGUCAACGUCACGCUAUCAUUCACCAAGUGGCUCAACGGCAAGGGCCCGCUUCAUGAUGUUGAGGUGAAAGGCAUUCGGGGUGUUGUCGACCGUCGCCAUGUUUAUUGGCCCGAAGAGGAUCUGGAUCCCAAAUCCUACCGACAUGAACAUCACCCCGGAGACUUUGAAAUCGACUCUUUCAAAAUGCACGACCUGCUCGUCACUGUUUACCAACCGGACAACUUCCGACCCUUCUCCGUCAGCAUCUUCUCUUGUGACCUCCCUCAGUUGCGGAAACAGUGGCUCUUCUAUGAUUUCCUCUCCGCCAACAUGAUGUCCGGAUCAUAUGAUAACUCUUUGUUUACGAUUCAUGCUCGUCAAACCCAUGGAUUUACGGGUAUACGGCAGGAUACUGAAGCAGAAGACGAAGGCAAGCACAGCCCGUGGAAGAAGCACAACAGAAUUCGGGUCGACGGGCUUAAUGUCGAUCAUCUCAACCGCGGUGUGCAAGGCCCAUUCUCGUGGAUUCACGAGGGGACCGUGGAUAUCGUCGCCGAUAUCAUGUUCCCCGCAGAAAACGAUGAAAGCUUGGCUAAGGUGAUGGCCGAUUUCUAUGAUCGGCUAGAAGCUACCGUUACCUCGAAUCGUUAUCCAGAGCCUAUGUCUUCGGACCCUAAUGGAGAAUCAGAGACUGAAGAUCGGCGAUUUAUUGCCAUGGAUUUGCGCGUGCAUCUUAACAACGUUCGGGCUGUCGUGCCUAUCUUUACUCGGGACCUCUCUUACAUCAACAACGCUCUGAUCCGUCCUAUCGUGGCCUACAUCAACUCCAAGCGCACUUUUAUUCCUAUCAAUUGCCGCUUGGUCAAGCGUGUUGGAGACUUCGACGGAAGUUGGACCAUCUUCGACAGUAGUCUGAUGGAUGACCUGUCAGCCGCCACCUAUGACGCGUUCGCCCGAGAUGUUGUGGACGAUCAAGCCCGCAAGCGUCGGUUCAAGAAGGUUGGAUUUUGGUCCCUUCAGCUGGCCGCGCAGGCUAUUUUCAUGGGCAUGGCUGGCAAUAUCGCCUAA